AUGCGGCCAUGCAUCAUCCUCGCGGCGGUCGGCGCCAUCGCUGCGGCCCAAGAAAAGGAAGCCAGGCCCUGGCUCGCCGGCUUCGGGCGGACCUUCCCCUGCGACGUGCUGUUCGUCAAGGGCAAGAAGGUCGCGGGCACGACGCUGGGCGGCGUCGUGCGGAGGAUCGGCAAAAGACACGGCGUCGACUUCUUCGCGCCGACGAUGCCGUCGCAAGUGCCGCGCGACUGGCGGAGUGGCGGUAGGGAAAGAUGGGUCCUCGAGGAAUUCGGGAGGUUCUUGACGCGCUCCAAGGGUCUGGUCGGGUGGGGCCAGGAGCAGACGCUGUCGCCCCGCAAAAAGGGGCUGGCGGAGUCGUCAGGGCCCCUGCAAGCAUUGGCAGCAAAGGCAUUACGGCUGACGGCCGUGCGCGACCCCGUCAAGCACGCCAUCUCGGCCUGCACGCACUUCGGGCCCUGCGGCAAGCGGAGUAGCGGUGGGUCCGCCUACAACGCGACGUCCGAAGCUCGGCUCAGUUGGGUUUCAAAUGAUAUGGGCACGGGCCAGAUGAGCCGCUUCGUGGCGCACGAGCCCGAUUCUUCACAAUCGCCGGCGGACUUCUACCAUGCCAUCUUCGUCACGGACCGCCUGGACGAGUCGCUCGUGGCUCUGGCGCUUUCAUUGAAACUGGACCUCGAGGACGUGCUCUACGUCUCCGCGAAGACGUCGCACACGCAGCGCCGGCCGAAGACGGAGGCUCUUGAUCGGGAUUUUAAGCAGGGCCUCCGGCGCGCGUUCUACGGCGAUCAAUACACGAAUUCGGAACCGCCGCUGCCGCUGCCGCGCUCGAAGCGGCCCGCGGACUUUAGCCCCGACGCGGCGCUCUACCACGACGCCGUCGCGCGCCUCGACGCGACCAUCGCCUCGUUACCGACCUUCGAGGUCCAUUUGCGGCGCUUCCGGAAGAUGCAGGGUCGCUUGGUCGAGGCCUGCGCGCGCGGCGGGGCGCGGCGGGCGCGGCUCGGCCGCGACGCGGGCGCCUGCUUGUACGGCGACCAGGGCUGCGGCUACCGGUGCAUCGACGAGUGGGCCGCCGAACGAGCCAAGCGCCUCGCGGAGCGGCGGGACCGCGGGAACAGCCCCUUCGUCGACCGCGCGCGGGAAAUGGCGCGGGAGGCGGCCGCGCCGGCGCCGGACAGCCCCUUCGUCGACCGCGCGCGGGAAAUGGCGCGAGAGGCGGCCGCGCCGGCGCCGGACAGCCCGUUCAUCGACCGGGCGCGCGAGAUGGCGCGCGGCGAGAAACGCGUCGGCACCGUCGUCACAUCGCUCCUCGAGCGCUUCCGCCGCGGCGGCGCAACCGCGGCCUCGCCUGUUGCCACGAGCGAGUCCGCCUCCCCUCGCGUGGAGGCAUCCCGGCCUGUUGCCGCCCCGGCGGCGCCGGCGGCGGGCGCCGGGAGCGUCCAGCAGAGCCUGCUCGACAAGUUCCGGCGGUCGGCGUCGUAG